AUGGCGAAUUCCGCCGCAGUCAACACCGGACCAUCUUGGCACUGUCUUCGCGACUCCUGCCGAGGCAAAAUGACGCACACGACUGGUCUCGGCGCUGGCUCGGCCGUGAGCCGCCACCGCGUCGUGAUUGGUGGAGCGGAAUACCAAGAGCGGGAUUCUGGGCUUCGCGAGGACCUCCGCGCUUGA